AAUUGUUAAGGGGUUGUAUUCUAGUUCCAGGACACGUAACCCAACUUCCUGGAUCAAAGAGGCAAUUUCGUCCUCUGAGGAUGAUAUCAUUUCUAUAUCUGGUGUUGACACUGCCGUUUACUUUGUCUUCCUUGCCACUGGUCUAGAUGAACUAGGUGUGGUCUCAUUAGACUCUGCAAUGGCAUCAAGAGAAGAUGGAGUGGUGGCAGAACGUCGUCGGUAGGUACUCUGACAGACUGGAGGCGAAAGCAAAGGUGUCGUGGUAGAUGUAUGGGCAAUAGACAUAGAAGAUGUAGAAGUCGAUGUAUGUGUGCAGAAGUAGGCACCCCUAUAAGAUGUUGCCAUGUCCUCUCCCUCAUGGUCUGCAAUGUCUUUGCAAACAACUAGCGCCCCAUAUCUGGAGGGAAUGACUCAGCAGCCUCUACUGCACCUAUGAGCAACAGAUAAAACGCAGGCUGAUAUUAUGUAGAAGGGGGUCGCCUCAAUGGAUCCGUCAUGCGUAACCUCGUGAUGCGACGAUACCUUAUCAUAUACUCCUCAAUGACAUGAGUACGACCACAAAACGGAGUGCCCUGAACAACACGUCUCUCGCGCUCAUCCCAGUGCGCUAUGUGAGGUCGAUGUCUGAGCGGAUAAUUCUUGUUCUUCGACCUCCGAGUUGUGCUCCUAUCACAAGGUGCUAGAAUCAUCUGCUCGAAUCCAAACUGGCGCAUAACUCAAUCGGGAAAAUGAAACUCCACAAUGUCGAAACAAAUAAGUGGAGCCAAUGUGCGUCAUACAUGUCGAUCAGCUUGACAUGGUCAAGUGCAUCCCUGUAGUAAGAAAGCCCACAUGCUAAGGGGGACCUAGUGAGGUGUACCCGAAGCCAACUGAAAAGAAAUACACAUUAAUAUUUUUGAGAAAAAUGAAAUUAAAUAAUGUCAACAAAUAUGAGACACUGUAUAUUACCUGACAGCUAAGGGGUCAACCCCCGGAACAUGCUGGGAGCCUAAAAUAGGAACGCCAUCGUCAAACUGUGGAGGUGGGUCCUGCACCCUCGAAAUCCGAGGUCUGCCGAUGUGUAUGUGCUCCUAUGCCCAAAGCUGUAACAACAACACAGGUCCACCUAACUCUCUCGCACCCCUCUGUGAUGCCUGACAUAGCUGUCGAUACAAGUAUGCAAGGGUCGUACUACCUCAGCUAUAUGUCCGUGCUACGUCGAGAUCUGCCAAAAGUGGAAGAUAAAACACCUGUAUCUCCACUCUUGUCAGCAAAAAGAAUGGACCCCAUGAAGACAAGAAUAUAAGCCCGUGCGAAUCGCUGUAGUGUCACCUCAUUAGCAUUGUUCGGCAACAAGAAAAAUUGAAGCCGAAGUCAUGUCAACAUUAAAGACGAACCCUGGAAAACUUUGGGAUCGUUCUCCGGUGUGGUGGGUCAAAUCCCUAAAAACUCGUGCACUGCUGCAGCCCAAUUACAUUUGCCUACUUGUGUGGCCCGUGCACUCUGAGUCCAAGGAUAAUAACGACAUCUUCUAAAGUAAUCGUCGCCUCCCGACAGUCAAAUGAAAGGUAUUUGUCUCCUGCCUCCAUCGUUCCACUAAUGCCGUCAGAAGUGGUCGAUCAAUCUCCAAACCUCCCCUUAGCAAACGAUGUAUGCCGAGAAAACCAACACGCUCAACAUACCGAAGAACCCUAUCGUGAACUUCCCAGUCACGAGUGAGACUAUGAUGAUGCAAUCGACACGAUAAUACCGUGUCCGCUACUCCCCUCCAGGCAUCCUCACUCCGAUGCUUGUCUUGGAGGGUGAGAACGCUGCGAUCAGUGAGGCCGAGAAAGAUGGAUUGCGCCAUCGGACCUAAGAACAAAAAAAAAAAAACAAAAAGGUUAGUAACACAAUGACGACUAUGAUAAUAAUAUAAAUUUAUGAAUUUUAAUAAAAAUUAGAUUUACCCAUAUGUUCCUUCACCGUUCUUAUUAGGACAUCUUUGCUUAUUGUGUCCCGAAACUUUACAAAUGCUACAUCUAUAUUUACCGGGCCUAUCAGCUGCAUCCAUUUCAUUUUGUAUUCGAGUGGACCAUGGAUGUCCAGCUCCACGCUUUAACCUCUCAUUAGCUAUAACUAGUUUUUAUGUGCACGCGAUGCGUGCGAAAAUACGUAGAAUUUUUUUUUCCGGGAAUGUUGAAAAUUAAAUUAAUUGUUAAUUAUAUCUUAUCAAUUAGGUAUAUUUGAAUUGUUGAUGGUUUUCUUUUUGUAAUGUUUUUUUAAAAAAAAUUAAUUAGGUAGUUUUUUUUUUUUUAAAUUAAAGUAAGUAGUUAAAAUAGAAAUGUAAUGAGGGUAAAAUGAGGUUUCUAUUAUUUUGGUGUCCUACUCCUCUUCCCAUAUAGAAUAGAUUUAUGUGCACGCGAUGCGUGCGAAAAUACGUAGAAUUUUUUUUUCGGGAAUGUUGAAAAUUAAAUUAAUUGUUAAUUAUAUCUUAUCAAUUAGAUAUAUUUGAAUUAUUGAUGGUUUUCUUUUUGUAAUGUUUUUAAAAAAAAUAAAUUAAUUAGGUAGUUUUUUUUUUAAUUUUUAAAUUAAAGUAAGUAGUUAAAAUAAAAAUGUAACGAGGGUAAAAUGGGGUUUCUAAUAUUUUGGUGUCCUACUCCUCUUCCCAUAUAGAAUAGAGAUUCUCGGACCAUAAUAUGGAAAACAAUUAUGCAUAUCAUGCACAUGCUUGAAAAAUGACAUAAGUAGAUCGAUACUCGAUAGUCAUAAAAGAAGCGUCCAUAAAACCACUAUGUGACAAGCUCCGGUAUUGACAAACUGAAAGGACAUGAGAACACAACAACUUAUAUAUUAUGACUUUCUCACAUGUACAUGUCUUGUGCAUUAAGUUCAUUGUGUGUUUCUUUCCACCUUUCCCUGCAAUUCGGUCUCUACGUCCAGUAGUGACCUCAAAUAGCCCACGUUCAUAGUCAAACACAAUCACCUCAUGAGCACUUGCCUUCCCCAUGUUCUUUUCAAUAAUGGUAGUCGCCUUCGGGCUUUAAUCAUGGCCUUCCUCGAGUCUUUUUCUACCCAAUUCUCUCCUUGUAGCAAAAUAAGAAUUGACACGAUAAAAUGUCAUUCUUACCAAAGCAGUGAUCGAAAGACAUCUUGCCCCUUUUAGGACGCCAUUAAACACUCCAGACAUGUUCGUGGUUUGCACACCAUAUCUACACCCACCAUCAUGAUGAAGAGACCAUAGAUGAAGGGGAAUGUCCAACAGAUAUCUAGCUGCCUCGACAUUAAUGGAGCCAAUUCGAUCCAUAUAGUACAAAAACUUCCUCUUUUGCCUAGCAUAUGCAGCUUAUCCGAAUAGAUUCUUGAUGGCAGCAUUCUUAUACUUCGUAUUCAAGUUCGAAGCAAGAUGUCGCACACAAAAUCGGUGAUGGGCAUAUGGUUCUUCCCAUCCACUUUGAGGCUCGUUCAUAGCUGCAAGGAUACCCCUAUGACGAUCAGAGAUGACACACAAAUCCUUUCUAUCUGUGACAUAACGUCUAAUGCAAGCUAAAAAUCAAGACUAGUCUUCCGUGCUUUCUUCCUCCAUAACAGCAAAGGCAAGUGGGAAUAGCUGGAAAUUAGCAUCUGUUCCCAUAGCAAUCAAUAAUUUGCCUUUGUAUUUCAUGUACAAGUGAGUACCAUCGAUAGUGAUAAGAGGUCGACAAUAACGAAACCCGGUAAUGGAAGGUUUAAAGGCCCAGAAGACCCUCGUAAAGAUGUGCGUACUAGGAUUUUGUGUUGGGAUCGUACACAAGUAAACGACAGUGCCUCGAUUGGACUCUUUCAAGGCUUGCAAGUACCUAGGUAACUCUUGAUAAGACUUCUCCCAAUCACCAAAAAUAUUGGUUAUUGUCUUUUGUUUGGCUAACCAAGCUCUCUUGUAUGUUAUUGAAAAUUGAUAUUGGUUCUUCACAAAAGUUAAGAUGGACUGAACUUUGAAUGAAGGAUCAAUCCUAAUGAAAUCCCCGAUAAGAUCAGCAACGAAAUCCGAUCAUAUGAGAGGAUGGUCUCCACAUGUUAUGUCUCUUAAACAAUUGCUUUCAGGUGGACUACCAUAUCGUACAAUUUUGAAUGAGUACGACUUAGUCAUGAUUGCACGCAACCUCCAUGGACAGUGACACACUUCCUUUCUGGCUCAUUCAAUGACAUACUUUGUGGACUCUGACUCUAACACCCGAAAUAUCUAAAUAUAUGGUUUCUAUAGAUCGACCAUGCUUUCACAAAAUUCAUUAAUUGCUGCAAUGAGGCAAACUCUUGUCCUAUCUCAAAUUUAGAAGCCACAGUCAAUGAACCAGUGCAUUAUUCUGAGCCAAUCUUGUGAAGAAACACCAGACUUUAUUGCCUUGUCAGCUGUUUCCCUUGCAUCAUCGUCCUCCUCCCUGUCAAAAUCCACAUGCUCCUCCUCAUUUCCCAAAAAAUCAACAUCAUUUCGAUGUAGAGUAUCGAGAUGGAAUGUGGAUGGUAUCUGGGGAGACGAACCAGGAGAACUGAACUCAUUCAUGUGCUCAUCGACAUAAUGUGGGUCUGACAACAUGCUAGUAAAUGAUUCAAAUUGCAUACUAGGAGCUGAUGUCGGUACCUCCAUGUUAUCCCUAAAGUCCAUUGUAGGUACAUAACCUACAUUACUUUGGAGAUUUAUCUCCUUGGGAACUUGUUCAAUGUACACCUCCAUUGCCAUGGUUGACGUUUGUGUCACUGAAAACCACAUAGCACUUAGUGACUCGUCAUCCUCUAGUGCAAUUGGCACAUAUUUCCCCGGCAUCGGAUAUCUCAUAAACAAUUUCAGUUCCACAUACAUACGAUCACAUCCAACAGCGUCAUAUACCCUAUUCGGUAUCUCUUGAAACAUCAGUUCAAAAUUGAUGAACAAAUUUUUUUUGCUUCCACCUCUAUACACAAUAUCAACGUCAUUUUGAGAUAGUUCACCAUUCCAAUAAAGGUAUAAAGGAUAUUUAGGUUAUUACAUAUUCUACAUACAAAAAACAUAAUGUUUAAGUUAUUCUUAUUCUACACAUUCAAACAUUAUGAACACAAUUAUUCACCUAUACUAGUAGCAUUUGCAACCUAAACACAACAAUUCAUUCAAAAUCAACCAUCACAAAAUGCUCAACACCAUUUUUAACCAACCAAUAUCAGCAAUAUAUCACCUUCAAAUUCAUGCAAAAUCAACCAUCACAAAAUGCUAAAUACUAGAUUAUACUAAUCAACUAAACAAUUUCCAUCUAACAACAGUUACAAAACUAAAAUACAUAACAAAAAUGACAUGCUAAGCAAAUUAAAUAAAAAAAAAAAACUCACCUGGGCCAAUAGACGGUGGCGUGCUGUUAGUGGUUCGGCUGUGUGAUGUUGUCACUCGCAUGGCGUCAGUUGCGCGGCGACAUCCUUGUUGGCUGAGUUCCUGUGGCCCACUAUCGACGGUGGUGUUGUGUGGGAUGGUGGGCGAUGGUCAGUCGUAAGAGAGAGAGGGAGAAACAAAGUUGAGAGAAUGAAAUCGUCGAAUCUGAGAAAUUGGGAGACCUAGGGGGGAGUUGGGGAUUUCAUUAAACCUCUACUUGGAGUAGCGGUUUUCAUUAAUGAACCGCUACUUGAACUAGUGGUUUAUAUCACUUAGCGCCAAGCUAUGGACUGGGGGGUUAAGAGACCAGUAAACCGCGACUUGAAGUCGCGGCCAAUUAAUAUUCACCGCUACUUCAAAUAGCGGUUUAUUUUUACAAUAACCGCUAUUUUGAGUAGCGGCUUAUAAGGGUAUACCGCUAUUCGUAGUAGCGAUUUUACUUAAGUAGAAAAAAAAAAUUCUCGCGUGCCGUCCUACGUGGACGGUACGCAGGGAUUUUAUUUAUUUUUGGGCAUAUUUCUGGAAUUAUAAUCCACUUUUGCAUUAUUCAAGGAAAAAAUUCUAAUUUUUUUCUAUCUCCAAUUAGUCGGAGAUGCACAAAUUCUUCCACUUAGUUAUAUAAAUCAAACUCUUCCACUUUAUUAAUAUUCAACGAGCGAACUUGAUACACAAAUUUUUCUACUUUACUUGAGCACAAGCUUUCUUCUGCUAUGUAUUUCCUUUUUUUAAUAAAUAUAAUGAUGAACAAAUAACUAAAAUAAUCAACGAAACAUUCACUCAAGAAAAACAAAUAAAAAAAAUUAAUAAUAAUUAUAAAUGUCUGCUCAAAUAAAGAAAUUGUAACGCUGAUGAAUAACUAAUUGAGAAAAAUACGUUAAUAUAACUCGCACGCAUAGCGUGCAAAAAAAUUUACUACGGACAUAUUUCGGAAUAUACUGAUAAGCAUAGGUGAAGAAUUGAUGAUAUGAUCAAUAUGGUCUAGAUUAUCAUAUUAGGUGAACACAGUGGACAUAAUGGACUUUGGAUGUCUGUUGACAAGCUCAUAUGCUGUUGUGAAAGUUCCGAAUUCUUUGGCGAUGUUAUUUUUGGCUGGCAUUGUGCUUCUUCCAUCUCUUUUGCCUGUUUCAAUCACUGAUCACAGUGUCAGACUGAAUAGCACCACAAGCAAUGGUACUUUUAAUGAGCUCGAUAAGUUUUCAAUGGGACACAUUGGACAAAAAAGUGAUAGGCUAUGGGCAUAUUUGAUUGCUGUCUACUGGGUUUCUUUGGUUACAUAUUUCCUAUUAUGGAAAGCAUAUAAACAUGUUUCUGAAAUAAGAGCUGCGUCUCUCAUGUCUUCUGAAGUAAGGGCGGAACAAUUUGCAGUUCUUGUUAGAGAUAUACCCCCUCCCCACGAAGGUGAGACCAGAAAGGAACAAGUUGAUUCGUAUUUCAAUGCUGUUUAUCCGGAUACAUUUUACAGGUCAAUGGUAGUAACAAACAACAAAGAGGUCAACAAGAUAUGGGAGGAGCUAGAGGCAUACAAGAAGAAUCUUGUGAUCGCUGAAACAGUUUAUGCGCAAUCUAAAACAAUUGUUAGUCCAGAGGGAACCAGACCUAUGAACCGCCUUGGGCUCCUUGGUCUUUGCGGAAAGAAAGUAGAUACCAUAGAUUACUGCAAUGAGAAAAUAAGUGAACUUAUCCCUAAGUUAGAAGCAGAGCAAAAAAAGACCAUAAGAGAUCGACAGGUUUCUUCAGCACUCAUAUUUUUUUCGAGUAGGGUGGCUGCUGCUUCUGCUGCUCAGAGCUUACAUGCCCGAAUGGUGGACCAUUGGACAGUAAUGGAUGCUCCUGAACCACGUCAAAUAAUUUGGGAUAACCUUUCUUUAAAUUAUUAUGCGAGGGAAGUACGCAAGUACAUUGUUUACAUUAUCGUUGCAUUAGCGGUAUUGUUCUUCAUGCUUCCUAUCAGUGUUAUCUCAGCUUUUACAACACUUGAAAACCUCGCAAAGCUUCUGCCUUUCAUAAAACCCGUUCUCGCAAUAGUUUCCAUUCGAACAGUGUUGGGCGCUUAUCUUCCUCAACUUACUCUAAUAAUAUUUUUGGCUAUGCUUCCAACACUAGUCAUGUUUUUGUCUAAAUUGGAAGGAAUUCCUUCCGAGAGCCAUGCAGUGAGGUCUGCUUCGGGAAAAUACUUCUAUUUCAUAGUUUUUAACGCUUUUAUUGGAGUGACCCUUGGUGGAACCUUAUUUGGUAAUUUGAAGGAUAUGGAGGAGCAUCCAAAUGAAAUUGCUGAGUUACUUGGGAAGGGCCUUCCAGAUAACGCGACGUUUUUCUUGACUUUUGUGGCUCUUAGGUGUUUUGUAGGGUAUGGGCUGGAGUUGUCGAGAUUGGUUCCACUUAUCAUGUUCUAUCUGAAAAAGAAAUAUCUCUGCAAGACAGAAGCCGAAGUGAAAGAAGCUUGGGCUCCUGGUGAUUUUCGAUAUGCGACAAGGAUUCCAGCUGACUUGCUUAUUCUCACUAUCACCCUCUGUUACUCUGUAAUUGCACCACUCAUCCUUCCAUUUGGUAUUAUCUAUUUCGGCUUGGGAUGGCUUGUCAUGAGAAAUCAGGCACUUAAAGUGUAUGUUCCAUCGUUUGAGAGCUAUGGAAGGAUGUGGCCGCAUUUGCAUACACGAUUUCUUGCUGCAUUAGUCCUUUAUCAAGUUACCAUGCUAGGUUACUUUGGAGUGAAGGAGUUCAUCUACACGGUCACUCUCAUCCCACUUCCUAUAAUUUCCCUCAUCUUUGCAUGGGUUUGUAACAAGAAAUUCUAUCGCUUCUUCCAACACCCAGCUCUGGAAGUCGCGUGCCAGGAAUUGAAGGAAACACCUAACCUCAAAUGUGUGUACAUGUCGUUCCUUCCACCAAGUUUGAGCUAUGAGAUGUUAGAUGUUGAUCAGUGUGAAGAUGUUUAAUCUAAAGUUAUGACGUUGGUGAUUGUUUCAUACUGUACAUUUAUCCCAUGUGUUACCGGCAUUUACUCUAGUUGUAGUAAUUUGCAUCAAUUCAUAGUUGUACAUUAGGUGUUCAUAGUGAAGAUAAAGCACAUAAUAGUUUUACACCA